GUAGCCUUGCCAAACUGAAGGUAUCGAUACCGAUCACAGCCCUCAGUCUGAAGGCAUCACAACAUGCAUAAGUAUCGGUAUAGACAUUAGGCUGCAGGUGCUCAGCUAACAUGGCACGCGCUUCAAAUUGGGCCAGGGCUAGGGACGGUGCCGUGAAAUAGGUUAUGCGGAAGCCGCGCAGAACGAGAUUGUCCCUCCCAACAAGCCCUCCGCACAGACGUGUUCAUGUAAACAGAAUGCAUGGGUUAUAGCAUGCCCAUUUGCGCGCCGAGUAGAUGUGCGGGCAGGGACUUUGAGACCCAUUGCCAGCGCAGUGCCCGCAAGGCGCGGCGGACUCUGCCCCAAGCCGCAAUUCGCUUUGCGAACGCUGCGAUCAAGCCAGCCGAAGCCUUCGCAAAGGCAAUUGUGGCUUUCGACAGAGUCCGCAAGCAUCUUGACUUGUUUUCUGCACGUUGCGUGUUUUGUUGGCAGCUGACCAGCAGUUGCAAAGAGCCCUUUGCUUGCGGGUUCGUGCCUGAUCUCCGGCCUUACGGCUCUUUCGCCUGAGUACUUCGGUGGGAGCCGCUUCAUCCGUUGCGACUGAGUGCUUUGCGACUGCCAAGAAGCCGCCGUUUUGCCUUUGGCCAAGUUGGCAAUUUCUAUUGUUUUCGAGAGAUGGAUCCCAACAUUCGCAAGGGCCGCUGCCUCUCUCGACAGGGCCCACAGCACCGUGGCUUGCGCUUUGCUCGUCGUGCGAUUUGUGGGUGCCGGCUGACCAGCAACUGGGCAGGCAAUGCACCGUUUUACUGACUGGCGCCUGCAAAUCCGAGAGCGGGGCUGCGUGAAGAUGCGGGGAGUGAUGAUGAUGGCAAAUGCGCUGAGUGCCUGCUGCCCAUUACGUCCCGAUCCUGGGAGGAGGGCCCACACUGGGUUCUAAUAUCUUCGCGUCCGAUCUCUGACCUUUAGACACCUUGCGCCUGAGUACUUUGGCGGGAGCCGUUUCCGCCUUUCAGAGUGACUGAGCAGGUCCUUUGUUGAUCGAAAGUGCUUUGCAACUGUCGAGAAGCCUUCGUUUCUCUUGCCAAGUUGGCGGGUCCGUUUGCUUUUGAGAGGCCAAUCGCAGCCUUCACAAAGGCAACGGUGUCUUGCAACAGGGUCCACAGUGCCUUGGCUUGCGUUUGGCUCUUUGCGUGAUUGCUUGGCAGCGGCUGACCAGCAACUGGGCGCUGUGCUGGCAACCGGUCCCUGAAGGGGGCCCGAGUGCUGCGCAAAGCGUUCCGGUACUCAGAUGUGAGGCGCGCCGAGCACGCCCGUUGCUAGUUCAAUUUCUUUGUUAGAAACCCUUGCGCCUGGGUCGCGUGUUGCGACUCGCGGCCAGCUACUUAAAAUCUUCAAGCCAAGCUUAGAGAGUGGUUCUAAGGUUCGCAACCGAAGUAAUGCAAGCCCAGGGCUUGCGUUGAGCGCGUGGACUAUAGGACCGAAAGGACACUUGUGAACAAGUUUUUGGGUGAUCCGAGCGUCUCGAAGGCGCGUUGUCAAAGUAAAUCUGCAUUUUGGCUUCUUGGUCACAAAUCAAGAAGUUGGAGUCUCCUGCAGCGAUUUAUGGGCUCCAGCGCUCCAAUUUCGUCCUCUCCAUGAGGUCGCGAAGAGGAAACAAAUUAGGGCUGGCAGGGUCGUGUGCUGUCCCCAAACAACCAGGGCACAUGCGACUGAGAAAAGCUGUCCGAAUCACAACUGUGAAAUGCGCCUGUGCCAGUUGACCGUGACAUCUUGCUGACUCAGCACGAAAUCGGGACAAUUGACGGUGAAGUUUCCAGAACCGAGCUGUUAGGUUUUGCCUUUUCCUCACCCGCUUGACGCGGACAGAGAAGCAUACGAGUUUCUUUGCUCACGCAGAGUAGCGCUGUUGCCUUCUCGCUGCCUCUUUUGCAUCAUUGCAUCCUUCAAGAGAUAGCCAGGUUGUAUAGUGGAGUGGAUCAUGUGCAACGCACUCAAAGAAAAACUUUGGAAGCCGUGCCUGUGAAGGAUCCACUGCCACGAAGAAUCGCCUGCGUCCUCAAAGGACCGCAGUGAGAGCGCAAAAGCGAGGCAGAAACAAGGAACCAGCAACACAUUCUGACCAGCUGAGUGACUGAGUUUCCUGCGCCUUCUUGACUUGAACUUUCCUUGCCAUACUUAGACUUGGCACAAAGGGGGGCGUAGCGGGCAAGCUGCCCAUUCUCUUUCAGUUUGAAGCUGCAAGGUCCUUACGAGUGCCAGAGCCUGAGCCAUAGACCAUCGACCCAUGAAGCCAAGAUGCCGGAAAGCCAAGAUGCCAAGUUUGUCCACAACCAGGCAAGUAUUCGGAUGUUCAUCGUUACCUUGUAAACAGAGAAGACGGGAAAGCAAAUUCUCAUUGUGAGAAGUUGGGCGGCGCGAGGCAGUUGCCCGUCUAUCGCAGACUACAUGAGUGCGCCUGAUUAUCAGGGUCGCUCGGAACGCCCUUCAGUUUUUGAAGCAGACUCAGUGGAGUCUGCUGGGUUCCAAGUUUGUGACUCGGGUUUUGCUUCCCAAUUCCCAGGUCGGUAAUUUUGGAGGAACUCCUGGUCUCUUUUUUGAGGACGUGGGGGCUUGUCAAAGUUAGGGGUCCUUCGUAUCCUUUCAGAAGGCACCUUGGGCAAAGUCCGAAAGGGAAGCCGCCAACACACUCAACUGAUUCGUCAGCCGCGCUGGCAACCCGAAGCAUGAGUCGUAUUUAGCAGGGGGCGUUUCCGUCUGCUCUGGAGGCACAUGGCAACAACUCAAGUUGCAGGCAGCGGUCUGCAGUGCGUGUUUUAAAUGUCUUCUCCCUGGAUCAGGCUUGUUUAAUGUUGGGACUUGAUGGUAGUGUUGAGUUCUUUGUGUAGAGAUCGCGAAACGGAUGCCUCGCCUAAUAGGCUCCUUCUUCCACAAGCGGCUCAAGCUGCUCCUUCUAUGCCUCUCAACAAAGUUGAUAGCUUUGCUUGCUUAAGGAGCAGUAGCGGUUCCGCGCGACCGAAACUAAGUCAACGAUAGCGUCGGAAAACUUGACCUUCAAACUCAUUUCGUCAUGGAACUCAGCGCGUCUUCCCUGGAGCAUCUGGCAUCGCGGCACGUCCAAGGGUGAGUGGGUCAAAGCACUUUUCUCGCUUGCAGCUUGUGAGCCCGCCUUACCCAAUUUUAGGGCGAAUGAACUUGAGCUUUCUGAAGAUGUUCCGCUCCUGCAAAGAGAGCCACAAGGCCUGCAAAAGGACAUAGAAAGGCUGGGGAGUAGGUGAGUGAGACAGGUGGACAGACCGCGUGCUGGCUUCAGAAGGGGAGCCGUGUGCCUGAAGCGUUGCAGCACGGCUCAUGGGCGACAAGACUCGACAAGUUCAUUUAAAGCAGAGGGCCGCGAGCUUACGUGGUGAGCAGUCUUUUCAGCUUUCCAACGGCCGUCAUGAUCUUAAAGUUUCGUCAGCAGCAGAAUUAUUGUGGGCUUGACAACAAGCUCGCGAAUUUGCGAUGAGGGUCUCCGGAUAGUUACACUGCUCAUUUUGGUUGCGACAAGUGGGGAUGCGCGAGGCGGUUGCCCGUCCAUCGCAGUUAGAGGCCUUCGGUCUCCUACGCCUGGCUCAGGCUUGUUUAAUGUUGGGACUUGAUGGCAGUUUCGAGCUUUGUGGAGUGCUCACUUGCAAGAGUGCGAGCCCGCCUUACCGAAUCGUAGUGUAACCGAACCUGAAGUUCAUUGAAAGCAGCGGGCGCCGAGCGCUCUCCACCGUUUGCGCAGUGAGCAGCCUUUUCAGCUUUUCAGCGGGUCUAAAGGCUUCGAAAGAAGCACAAUUAUUUGUGAAGACAAGCGUGCGACGGCGCGAUGAGGGUCUCCGGACAGUGCCGUGGCUUCUCGCUUUGGAUGCCACGCGCGCCUGG